AUGAGCAACAGCACGCUUGCGGCUGAGGCUCAGUUUCGCCAGUCGCUGAGGAAUGGCUGCCAUGCUUAUGUGGAGGGUUACGGCACAUCAUAUGGCUACCAGCCAUCGCUAGCGGCGGGCAUCGUGUUCUGCGUGCUCUUCGGAGUCUCCAUGCUUGCGCAUAUCGUACAGAUGGCGUGGAAGAGAACGUGGUGGUGUUUAGUAUUUGUCCUGGGAUGUGCCACGGAAAUUAUCGGCUGGGCCGGUCGAACAUGGUCUGCAGAGUGUCCAUACAACUCGACUGCGUUCCUGAUGCAGAUCUCCACCUUGAUCAUCGCCCCUACCUUCUUCACCGCAGGGAUCUACGUCCUCCUCGGCCGGUUCAUCGCGCUGCUAGGCCGGGAAACCUCGAUGCUGAGCCCGAAACUCUACCUCUGGAUUUUUGUGACCUGCGACAUCGUCUCGCUGGUCGUGCAGGCCAUCGGCGGCGGACUGGCGUCGAUAGCCUACAACCAAGCCAACGGCAACACCGAGCCCGGCACGCACACCAUGGUGGCCGGUAUCGUCUUCCAGCUGGUUUCGAUCACAGUCUUCGUCCUGCUGGCGGCCGACUUCGUGCGCCGCGCCCUGCGCCUCGGCCUCCUGCAGACGAUGACGGGUUCCGUGGUGCCCUUGUUCGGCGCCAUGGUCGUCUCGGUUUUGGUGAUCUACGUCCGCAGCAUUUACCGGACCAUCGAGCUGUCGCAGGGCUGGUCCGGCUACCUCAUCACGCACGAGGUGUAUUUCAUUGUCCUCGACGGCGUCAUGAUGGUCAUCGCGGUGGGCGUGUUCAAUGUGUGCCAUCCGGGCUGGUUGCUGCCCAAGGACGCGCCCAAGCCGUUUCAUCGCGCGAUCAACUCGUUUGAUAUGGAGGAACGGUAG